AUGCCUGUUCAGCGACCACUCCGGAGGUCACGGCUUCAAUACUCCCUAUGUAGUGACCAACCGAUGGAGUGCUCUAAGACUCGUCUACCAUGUGAUGGAUGUCGGCGCCAUCGUCUCUCCUCGCGCUAUGGUGAUAAACUCCCUUCGAACGAGCUCCGACGACAAUCCAACCCGCGUCCUCACAAACAUACCCCUCCCAAGCCAAAAGCCUCUUUACCCUCGUCUUCUUCCGAUUCGGACUCGUCCUGCUCGCCUUCUCCUCCCGACACGCAUUAUCCCAUUCCGGCGAGUUCCUCCACAUCACAAUCACCCGAACCAGGCUCCUCCCAGACCAACCAGGACGAAGAAAGCAAAGCUUCCACGACGUGCCCCGGUGUUGCGGAUCUGAGCAUCGAAGACCAACUUUGGGACAAUUGGUGUGCGUCUACCGAACGGUCUCUCACCCAAAGUCAGAGCAAGGAUCGACGAUGGCAGGCCAUCAUUCGUCGCGAAUCCGCCCAAUAUCCUGCUCUCCGGCACAGUACCCUCGCUUUGUCCGCCCUUGAACUUGCAUCCACCUGUGAGGCUGGCACUCCGGAACAAAAGCGUCAUCGACAGGCUGCUGGUAGCCAUUACGCCCAGGCCACAGAGACAACUCCCUCCAUCUCCGGGCCCAAUGCAGUGUUCUCCGCUGCAAGCAUUCUUUUCUUGUGCGACCUCGCAUCCUCUACGCUGGCCGGAGAGGGUUCCGGCUCUCUGUCACUGUCUCAUCGCAAUCAGACACCAGUGUCUCCCAAGGAGGAUCAUGUACCAUGCGGCUCACCGGUAGAAUUGUUGCUCGAUAUCUUUGAGACGGCUCGCUCCUUGCUCACCAACCUGGAUAUCCUCGACCACGUCGAAACCGGGGACCUGGAAGAUCUCUUCACACAGCGCGACCCCUAUCAUGAGCUCCCCAACACUUAUACCCUCACCAUCCUGUCAAUGCGCAACCUGAAUGCCGUCCUCGCCAAAAAGGACCCAUCGCACGCCACUGGCGUGUAUACUGAUACAAUCGCCAGACUAGAUAAUUCACUCGAGAUGCUCACCAAAGGCGGCGACCCAAUGAUGAUUGCCCUGCGCUGGAUGUAUCGCAUCCCCUCCGAGUAUCUGGCAUUUGUCCGCGACAAGCAACCCCUGGCACUGAUCAUUCUUGCCCACUACUGCGCGGUACUACACCAUCUGCGCGACCGGUGGUGGAUGGGAAAUUUAGGGACUCGAUUGUUGAAGGAGAUCUGUCAACUCGUGGGCCCGGACCGGCUGGGUUCGCUUCUGUGGGCCACGGACAUCGUGGGUAUUCCCAUAUGA